GGACAGUACCGCCCGUGAGCCUGAGUCUCCUUGACCCCUCUCUGUACCCUCUGGCAGCACAAUCUCCCCAACAAGACAGCUCAGGGCAGAGGCCAAAGGCCGGUCCUCCUCUCCCUUUAUACAGAGGCCCCAGACUGGUGGAGCCCCGGAGGUGGAGUUAGAGUGCCCUGCUGACCUGGUCCUGGGUGCCGGUGUGGUGAGGAACCCAGCGCUCACAGAGGCAGCCAUGGGGCUGCUGUCUGGGGACACGCUGGGGCCCCUGGCCGUGGCCCUGCUCAUCUUCUUGCUCUUGCUGGACCUGAUGUACCGGCGCUCACGUUGGGCCGCACGCUACCCACCAGGCCCCACGCCGCUGCCGGUGCUGGGCAACCUGCUGCAGGUGGACUUCGAGGACCCGCGUCCCAGCUUUAACCAGCUGCGGCGCCGCUUCGGGAACGUGUUCAGCCUGCAGCAGGUCUGGAUGCCGGUAGUCGUGCUCAAGGGGCUGGCGGCUGUGCGCGAGGCGCUGGUGUACCGCAGCCAGGACACUGCCGACCGUCCACCUCAGGCACUCUACGAGCACUUGGGUUUCGGGCCGCGCGCCGAAGGAGUGAUCCUGGCGCGUUAUGGGGACGCCUGGCGCGAGCAGCGGCGCUUCUCCCUAUCCACCCUGCGCAACUUCGGCCUGGGGAAGAAGUCACUCGAGCAGUGGGUGACCGAGGAGCCCUCGUGCCUCUGUGCCGCCUUCGCCGACCAGGCCGGACAUCCCUUUAGCCCCAAGGACCUCCUGAAUAAAGCAGUGAGCAACGUCAUCGCCUCUCUGACCUUCGGGUGCCGCUUCGAGUACAAUGAUCCUCGCAUCGUCAAGCUGUUGGACGUGAUGGAGGAUGGGCUGAAGGAAGAGAUGAAAAUAAUGCGCCAGGUGGUGGAAGCUGUGCCAGUGCUCCUGCGCAUCCCAGGGCUGGCUGCCAAGGUCAUCCCGGGGCAGAAGGCCUUCAUGACCCUGAUUGAUGAGCUGAUCGCUGAGCAGAAGAUGACCCGGGACCCGACCCAGCCACCCCGACACCUGACUGAUGCCUUCCUGGAUGAGGUGAAGGAGGCCAAGGGGAACCCCGAGAGCAGCUUCAAUGAUGAGAACCUGCGCCUGGUGGUGGCCGACCUGUUCUCCGCCGGGAUGGUCACCACCUCGACCACACUGGCCUGGGCCCUCCUCCUCAUGAUCCUGCACCCUGAUGUGCAGCAUGAGUCUAGCCCGGGGCGGAAGUCAGGAGGCGGCGGGAGCCCAGCCCUUGGGUCUGACCACCACGAGGACACUUGUUUUCCAGGACGGGUCCAGCAGGAAAUCGAUGAGGUGAUAGGGCAGGUGAGGCGACCAGAGAUGGGGGAUCAGACCCUCAUGCCCUUCACCGUGGCCGUGGUCCAUGAGGUACAACGCUUUGCGGACAUCGUCCCCCUGGGAUUGCCCCACAUGACAUCCCGUGACAUCGAGGUGCAGGGCUUCCACGUCCCCAAGGGGACGACACUCAUCACCAACCUGUCUUCAGUGCUGAAGGACGAGACCGUCUGGGAGAAGCCUUUCCACUUCCACCCAGAGCACUUCCUGGAUGCCCAGGGGUGCUUCGUCAAGCAGGAGGCCUUCAUACCCUUCUCUGCAGAUACCUUGUGGGUGGGGGGGUGCUUGGUUUGCUUCCCCAUCCUGAGGGGGUCUUGGAGGGGGAGAUCCAGGCUCAAAGAGCCCCCGUGCCCACCCACAGGCCGCCGCACGUGCCUCGGGGAGCCCCUGGCCCGCAUGGAGCUCUUCCUCUUCUUCACUAGCCUCUUGCAGCAUUUCAGCUUCUCAGAAGUGCCUGCCGGGCAGCCCCGCCCCAGCGACCAUGGUGUCUUUGUGGCCCUGGUGACCCCAGCUCCCUACCAGCUCUGUGCAGUGCCCCGCUAGAGGCAGGCAUCCAGCCCCCAAGCCGCUCCUCAGCCGUAGCCCUGAUGGUCAAUAAACCAGUGUCUGGUGGCUCCAUUGUGACUUGAGUCCUACAUGGGACCCCUGACCAGCCCCUGGCAGUCAUGUGGCUUCAGCAGUCUGCCCAAAACCAGCCCCCACCCCACGGCCUGAUUCAUCCUUACCUGGCAUUUGACCCCAUUUAACAUAUGGGUGUACUGAGGCUCAGAGUGUACUAGGGUGUACUGUGAGAUGGGUAUACUGAGGCUUACACCCAGACACCCUGGGAGACCCAACCUCCCUUACUGGGCGUAGGACCAAACCUAUAUAAACAGGUCCUGGCAACUGCUGGGAGGAGCUCACAUAGACUGGGGGAGAGAUUUCAGGCCCCCAUGGGAUAAGGGGGCCCAUCAGCUCAGACACCCACAUUUCAGGCCUAGCCAUAGCCACCUGGCUCUACAAGCCUCAGCCAGCGUCUCAAGUCUGUGGCUCCAGAAGAUGGGGGCAGGACUGGGAAGCGAUAUGCCAGGUGACCCCCAGCUCUCAGAGCUCUUGAGGCAGGAGCCCUUCCCAGGAGGGAGCCACCUCCCUGGGCCUCUUUAUAGGAUGGGCCCCCUUUCCCUGCCCCUUAAGGACACUCAUCCCCCAGCCCCUGCCCAGUAGGAGUUGCCACUCACAGCCACGCUAGAGCUUGGCUCCAACCUGGGGCUCAAUCCUCUGAGUGGCCAGGUGAGGCCAGGCUCUCAGGAGCCUAGGCAGGGGCCGAAAUGAGCCCCUGUGGAUGGUGGGCGUGCCCUGGGGCAGGGUUAACUUUGGAUCCUGUGACAGUGGGGUGGCAGAGCAGAAGGAAGCCCUGCAGAGCUCAGAGCAGGACACCCUGCUCUCGUCCUUGCUGUGCUAUGACACCAUGUGACCUUGGGCUUGUGUUUCCCCUUCAGCCAGCAGGAGGUUUGCCUCUGAUGGCGGCCAAGUCCUGUCUUCCUGCGCCGACUCUUAGGCUGUGACCUUCUCAGCCUGGAGCCCCGGCCAAGGGCAGGGACCCCCAUCCUCCACCUCCAGCCCCCAGUCUGGUCUGGACUGAGCUCACACAGACACCACCCAAGGGCUCUAAUGACUGUCUGCUCACCUGAGUCUUAGGCAGACUCC